AUGGCUUAUUCUCGUUUUAUUCUACUUUCAAUACGUAAUUAUGUUUUUCAUACAAAGCCUAAAUUACGUUUCUUAUCUACAACACGUCCCAUUUAUUACGAAUCGGUAUCUCAACAUGCAAAUAAUGUAGCUUUAAUUGAUCAUUCAUCUUCAUAUACCUAUGGUCAAUUGUAUUCUGUUGCACGUAAACUUUCUCGUCGUCUUGUUCCACUUUGCCAACAACAACAAAAGUCAACAGAUGAUACACACGAUAAAAGUAGUGUACAAUUAGGUGUACUCUGUCCAAAUGAUGCAUCAUUUAUUGUUGCUAUGUGGGCUUCAUGGAUGGUUGGUGCCACUGUAGUUCCUUUAUCACUACAACAUCCACCAGCAUCACUUGCCUAUUUUCUUAAUGAUGCAAAGUGUCGAGGAGUCAUUGUUGGUGAUGAUCGUGGUAAUGAUUUAAUCAAAACAACGUUAGAAAACAAUUCACAAAUUGAUAUACCGAUUGUAAAUAUCCAUAAAAAGAAUUUAUCAACAAAAGUUACACCAGAAGAUAUUAAUGAUGAUCUAUUGUUAUCAACAACGAUAGAUCGUACUGAACGAUCAAAUGCUUUGAUUAUAUAUACAAGUGGAACAAGUGGCAAACCAAAAGGAUGUGUAUUAACAUUUGAUGCUGUUCAAGCACAUGUUGACUCCAUGAUAAAAGCAUGGCGAUGGACUAAAGAUGAUGUGAUAUUACAUGUUCUACCUCUUCAUCAUGUUCAUGGUCUUAUAAAUGCACUGUUAACUCCACUUUUUAUUGGCGCUACAAUUAUUAUGCUUCCACACUUUGAUGCAUCAAAGUCUUGGGAACAUUUAGUUCAACCUGGUUUUGACAAACAUAUAACAGUUUUUACAGCUGUACCAACAAUCUAUUCUAAACUUAUCUAUGAUUAUGAUGCCAAAUUAGCAUCACGUCCUCAGACAAGAGAUUUUGUACGCGAACAAUGUUCACAAAUGAUUCGUUUGAUGAUGUGUGGUUCAGCUGCACUACCUGAAAGUAUUUAUCGACGAUGGUAUGAAAUAAGUGGUCAUAGUCUUCUUGAACGUUAUGGAAUGACAGAAUGCGGAAUGGCUUUAACUAAUCCAUUGGAUGGGGAAAGAAUUCCAGGUACUGUCGGUCGACCAAUGCCUGGUGUUGUCGUUCGAAUUGUACGAGAAAAUACAACGUCACCAACCGGUUAUGAAACAUUAGUAGAGGCUGAUAGUGAUAAUACAAAAGUAGAAAUAAAGAAUACAGACGAGCCGAUUGAAGGUGAACUUCUAAUUCAAAGUCCAACCUUAUUCAAAGAAUAUUGGCGGAAGCGUAAGGAAACUCGCGCAACAUUUACUGUCGAUGGUAGUUUCUUUAAAACUGGUGAUAUUUGUCGUUAUGAUUCAGAAAAAAAUGUUUUUUCAAUUCGUGGUAGACAAUCAAUGGAUAUAAUUAAGCGUGCUGGUUAUAAAAUAUCGGCAUUAGAUAUUGAACGUAUUCUAUUAGAACAUAAAGAUAUAUUGGAAUGUUCAGUCGUUGGUAUUGAUGAUCCAGCAUUAGGUCAAAAGAUCGUUGCGAUUAUUGUACCAAAAUCAUUAAAUAAUAUAUCGAAUUUAACCAUAGAUACAAUACGUCAAUAUUCCAAACAAUAUUUACCAAACUAUUCACUACCAGACUCGAUAACCAUUCUCGAUCAUAUUCCGCGCAAUGCCAUGGGUAAAGUCAAUAAAAAAGAACUCGCUCGUUUAGCUGUUUAA